CCUUCUGCCCGGGAUAAAAGCUGCCCCAUGGAGCUCAGGCAGCAAUCACAUCCCAGACAGAGCUCGAAAUUGAUAGAAAGAGUCAAGGCCAGUACACAGGCUGAGAUCUGGAAGAGGAGACUGAAAACAACAGAGACUCCAAAGAAGACCCAGAGAGACCCCGGGUGACAGCCUCAGAGUGGUCCUUCUGCUGACGAAGCCCAGAGAUCAGGAAUGAAACAAGGCGAGCCCCACAUCUCUGUCCAAGAUGCUCAGCUCCUGCAGCCCUGCCCUCAGGGGGCAGCCGCUCCAUCCCCUCAGCUCCCUUUUUUUCUGUGACACAGACAUGAGUGGGGGCUGCAUGGCAGUGCUGGUGCUGAUGGCCGCAGUGCUGACCGUCACUGGAGCAGUUCCUGUGACCAGGCCCCUCGGGGCCCUCCCGGAUGCAAGGGGCUGCCACAUAGCCCAGUUCAAGUCCCUGUCCCCACAGGAGCUGCAGGCCUUUAAGAGGGCCAAAGAUGCCUUAGAAGAGUCACUUCUGCUGAAGGACUGCAGGUGCCGCUCCCGCCUCUUCCCCAGGACCUGGGACCUGAGGCAGCUGCAGGUGAGGGAGCGCCUCGUGGCCUUGGAGGCUGAGCUGGCCCUGACGCUGGAGGUUCUGGAGGCCACCGCUGACAAUGACACGGCCUUGGGGGACGUCCUCGACCAGCCCCUUCACACCCUGCACCACGUCCUCUCCCAGCUCCGGGCCUGUGUCCAGCCUCAGCCCACGGCGAGGCCCAGGCCCCGGGGCCGCCUCCACCACUGGCUGCACCGGCUACAGGAGGCCUCGAAAAAGGAGUCCCCUGGCUGCCUCGAGGCCUCUGUCACCUUCAACCUCUUCCGCCUCCUCACUCGGGACCUGAAAUGCGUCGCCAGCGGGGACCUGUGUGUCUGACCUUCCCACCUCCCUGCCACCCAUCAUGGAAUCUAAGAUUUUAUUUAUACAUCAACCACUUGUCUUAAUUUAUUGCCACCCAAUUGCUAUUUAUGUAUUUGUGUGUGUAAACCCAACUCGCCUCUGGGAAAAUGUUUAUUUUUCUACUUUUUAUAACCCUUGUUGAAAUAAAGAGUGAGGAAAAGGCACGGAUGGCGUGCGCCUGCGUGUGUGUCGGUGUGCAUUUCCU